GGAGAAUUCAGUCCCAGGUGGGUGGUUCUGGCAGCAACACCCAAGCCCCAAGGCUAUAAGAGCUGCUCCCCACCCAGCGCAGAGCUACGACCCCACAGAGCAUCUCCAGGAACAACUUGGUUACUGGGAAUACGGCUCCUUACUGGGCAAUUUGACACCAUCUCUGUGCUUCGGUAUGUCUGGGCAUCAGAAGCAAGAGGAGAAGCUGCAGUGACAUCUCCAAUUGGCCAUACAAGCAGGCUCCUAUUGGGAGAGUCUUCUGGGUUAAAGGGAAGGGAUCAGAAGCACACUUGAGCCCUCCUAGAUAUUGACUUCCAAGAAGAAGAGUAAGGCCUGAAGAGUCAUCAGAUUCAACAUUUCUUAGCUCCUGGAAAACCAGACAAUCCUGAAGGGAGUAUCCUUAGGUAGAAUUUCUCACAGCUCAAUGGCCUUUACAGCCUCCUUUACUGACCUCCAAGCAGAGGCCAGCUGCCCCCUCUGCUGGGAUUUCCUGAGAGACCCAGUGACCAUUGACUGUGGCCACAACUUCUGUGGCUCCUGCAUCACACAGUGCUGGGAAGAUCUGCAGGACAUCCUCCCCUGUCCCAUCUGCCUCCACCACUGCCUUGACAGGAACUUGAAGAAAAACAGGCAGUUAUGUCACAUGACUGAUAUUGUAAAGCAACUUCCCACUAAUUGGAACAAGAGGAAAUGGCAGGAAGAGAAACCCCUGUGUGAGAAACACAGUCAGGUUCUGACUCUGUUCUGUGAGGAGGAUCUGGAGCUACUGUGUGCCCAGUGCCAAGUCUCCUCUGACCAUCGGGAUCACCACCUGAUGCCUCUUGAGCAGGCUGCAGCUACUCACAGGAAGAAGCUCAGAAGCUACAUUGAGCCUCUGAAGAAGCAAGUUGAAGAUGCUGAAAAGGGGUUAGAAAUCCAAGUAUCAAAAUCAUCUGAAUUGCGGGUAAAGGUAGAAAAUCAGAGGGAGGAAUUGUACUCUGAAUUUGAACAACUUAAGCGUUUUUUGGGAAAAGAGCAGGAUGUAAUUAUUUUGAAAUUACAGACAGAACAGAUGUAUGCUGAAAAAAAACUAAGGGAAAACAAAGUAAAAUUCUUAGAGCACAUUUACACACUAAAAAAUCUAGUGAGUGAAAUAGCAGAGAAGUGUGUGCAGUCAGAACUGGAGUUCCUCACAGGUAUUGAAACUAUCCACACCAAGCAUGAAAACCUGAACACUCCAGCAAUCCUUUCAUAUGAAUUAAGGAAAAAAGAUAUCUGUUCUCUUGAAGAAUAUUUUAACCUACACAAAAUAAUCAACACAUUUAAGGUAAAUUUGACACUAGAUACUGAAACUGCUCACCUCAGACUUGUUAUCUCAGAAGACAAAAAAAGUGUGACAUUAGGAAAGAUGAACCCAAACUUGCCUUACAGUCUUGAGAAUUUUGCUUUUUUGCCAUCUGUCCUGAGUUCUCAGGGAUUUGUUUUUGGCAGGCACUAUUGGCAGGUGGAAAUAAGAGGCAAGGGGGAGUGGGAUGUAGGUGUCUGUAAAGCAUCUUUCCCCAGAAAUGCUAUUACAUCACCAUCCCCAAAAGAUGGAUGCUGGGGAAUACGGCUCUGGUCUUACACCUGUGGUGCUAUGGAUACAAUAAAAUCCAGACAGGUAGGCAUUUUUCUGGACUAUGAGUUGGGACAGGUUUCAUUUUACAAUUUGGAUAAUAGGUGUCUCAUUUAUGCUUUCUCAGAUACAUUUAAAGAAAAACUUUUUCCUUAUUUCUCUAUAGGAUCUGCUUCAGAUCUUACAAUCCAUAUGGUAACCAUUGAAUGA